AUGACCAACAACCACACCAAACCCAACCACCCACCCACAACCGCAGCAAUGACUGCGCGCGCCGGGCAAGAAGCGGCUUCCAUGCCCUUUAUCAAGAACCUCGCCUCCAGCGGUCCGUCUCCCCAUCCCCGCUCCGCCUCUCCCCUCCCCGCUAACCCUUCCCCCCCGCGCAGACCGCAAGCUGCGAACCUCUUCCCUCGAAGCCCUCACGGCGUUCCUCGCCGGGCGCCGGUCGCUGUCCGACGGGGACGCGCGCAAGCUCUGGACCGGGCUGUACUACGCGCUGUGGAUGACGGACCGUCCGAAGCCGCAGCAGGCGCUGGCGGCGGACCUGGCGGGGCUGGUGUUGGCGCUGCGCGCGCCUGGACGAGCAUCGAGGCGCUGCGGCUCGACAAGUUCCUGCUGCUGGUGCGCCGUGUGUGGGCCGCCAUGGUGCGGUACGCGGCGCGCGCGGAGAGUGCUGUCGUGCUCGCCGUCUGCAGGGAGUACGUGUUUGACGGCGACGGCGGCGAUGCGGGGCUCGGCGUCCUGCCGCUCGGGCUCAAGCUGCAUGUCCUGGAUAUAUGGGUCGACGAGCUGGAGCGGGAGGGCGUGCUGGCCGAGGAGAAGAACAAGGCUUGGGUCCGCGAGAUGGGCGACUUGGUGGAGGCGCUGCGGAGAAAUGGCACAAGGGUUGUGAGGGAGAGGGCGAAGGAGAGCUAUGAGGAUGAGAGGCUCCCGUGGGCGGCCAGGCCGAUGGAGGAGGACGAGGAGGGCGAGGAGGAUGAGGAUGAGGAUGAGGGAUGGGGCGGGAUUGAUGAUUAG